AUGGUGGAAAAACGGAAACGCUACAUGGCCGUCCGAGAGACAACCUCCGCAAAACGUCGCAGCCCAAGUCCUACAACCACUGCCGGUGCGACACCUGAGCUCGCCCAUGAUGUGCCAACGACGUUUGCGAGGGAUGGACCGUUGCCGGUGCUGCCGGUGCGACAGGAGAAGGAGCUACCGUUGAAGGAGUAUAAGAGUGUGGCCGAGAGUCGAGUCAUGCAAGAAUCGCUCGAACGCUCACGCCGCAAAUGGGUCGACGGCGACAUCUUCGAAAAGUUCUGGACCAAGCCGCUCAAGUCACGGAGGCUCGACCCCGUCGAGAUGGAGAAGAACCCGGGGAAGGACUGCAUGACCAGGCUCGGGAGUGCCACGCUGAGCUGCAAGCCGCACAAGUUCGAGAUCAAACUUUUCGGCGUUCUCGAACCUGUUAAGGUCCCCCCCGCACCUCCUGUCCCCACCCCUGCCCCGCCACCGCAAAUGCAACCGCAAACUCUACAGAGACAGCCACAGCAGAUGCAGCCGGUCAAUGGGAUGCAGCAGGGAGCUCCGUUUGCGGGGACUGCGCAGCCGGUACAGCAGCAGGUGCAGACAUCGGCGGUACCACACCCGCAGCCGGCCACUCAAGGACAUGUUGCUGCUGCUCCGCAGCAUUAUGUGCCAGCCCAGGCUCCGACCCAGCGCCCGAUGCACCUUACUCCACAGCAGCAGCAGCACCCGCAACACCAACAGCACCCACAGCAUCAACAACAACACCAACAACACCCUCAACAUCUGCAACACCCGCAACAUCCACAACACCCGCAACACCCGCAAUAUCGCCCCCAACAACAGCAUCACCCCCAACAGCCCCCACACCCGCAGCAGCCAGGACCACCUCGACCAGAUCCCGUCAUCCAGUCGUUGGCAAUCCGGGCUGCCGAAGAUCCCGAGCUGAAGGCCCUCAUGAGGAUCGUCGCCUCCGGGAAGGCGACCCAGGAACAAUUAAAGAUCUUCCAGGGCCAUAUUGAUGCAUUGACUCCACAACCACUUGUGCCGACCGCCGCCCGACCAAUUGCUCCUACGCAAGGGCUUGUCAAUCCCCAGCCACAGGCCCGACCCCAGCAAAUGCACCCGCACCCGCACCAGCACCCGCAGCAUCUCCAGCAUCUCCAACACCCUCAACAUCUCCAGCAUCAACAGCACAUGCAGCAUCCUCACAACCAGCAACAGCAGCACCCCCAUCCGUCAUACAUGGUGCAACACCUGCACCCCCAGUACCAGCAGGCCCACCAAGCUCCACGCCCGCAGCAGGUAGCACCCCCGAAGCCGAAGCCCUUCCCGCAGCCGCCAAAACAGGAGAUCACCGCUAUAGUCUUCGAGUUCACCGACCCAUACAGCCAGGGCGACCGCUUCCUGUUCCCGAAAUACUCGAUCCUCGAGUACUCCAAGAACGGCAUGAUGGUCAUCGCAUCCUUCAUGGUGACUCGCAAGCCCAUCGACGACCUCGACGAAUACUACCAGCCGCUCACCAUCACCCUGGAAUCAACGAGCCCGCGCAACCUCGAGAUCCUCCAGCGGGUCGUCAAGGACGCGGACACAACACGGGAGCACAUGAAGAAGCUCAUGGCGACACUCAAGCGCGCGGACGACAGCUUCCUCGCAUUCCGGCUGCGACGCGAGCCCGGCGACGUGGUCCCCGAUAGGCUUGAUGCGCCGCUGCUGCUGCCGCCGCCACCGCCGCCGGGCCGCGCGAGGGAGAGUAGAGUAAGGAGAGACGCGAGCACGCCGGUGGUGCCCGGGGAGACGAGGGAAGCGCCGCGUGGACCAAGGGUCAAGAAUGUGAAGAAGGUUCGUGCUUUAAAAAGUUCUUGUUAA